AUGCAAGCUCCUCGGCAGCCGGGCUGUCUGAUGCCUGGCGCCCGGCGGGUGAUCCCCGGCUCUGGCCCCAGCGGCCACUACGUGCCGGGCGUCGGGCGCGGGGCCUCGCCCUUCACGACUCGCGCGGAGACUCCAGGCCUUCUUCCGGUCCCGGGCAAGAGGACCGACAACCUCAUGAACAAGGCAGCGCUCCAGGGGGCUGCCGGCGUUAUGACUGGCGGGGAGCUCUCGUCGUCUGCGCGAACCGCCGCAGAGCUCUUUGGACGGCCGCCGCCAGGCUACGUUCCAGGGCGCGGGCGAGGAGCGACCGGCUUCGCAGGGGGAGUUAGUCGAGACGACAGUGCAUCCGACAACGCCCACGCCGACAAGAGUGAUCUUUCCGAUGCAAACUUCGAUCCUUUCACGGGGUAUUCGGAGGCGCUUUUCAAUGACGCUGAGUACGACGAAGAAGAUCGCGAGGCUGACAGAAUCUACGACACGGUCGACAUGCGCAUGGAUGCACGGAGAAAGUCGCGCAGAGAAAACCGACUGAAGGAGGAAAUCGCCAAGAUGCGGGCCGAGAAACCGACGAUCCACCAGCAGUUUGCAGACAUCAAACGGUCCCUGGCAACAGUCACGAAAGAAGAGUGGGAAGCGAUUCCGUCCGUCGGGGACUACACUUUGAAGCGGAAGCAAAAGAAGCCGCAGAUGCUCAGCAUGGCGCCAGACUCGCUCUUGCUCCAGGGGCGCAACGCGACGUCGUACUCGAACUCGAUUGCGUCGGCGGGGUCGGCGACGCCGAUCGGCUUCGGCAUGCAGACGCCCUUGAUGGGCAUGUCCACGCCGCUGGGGCUCCAGACCCCGCUAGGCCUGCGAACGCCGCUGCUCGGGGCCGGCUCGGGGCCGGCUUCGGGCUCGGGGACGCCGUCGCUGAACGACUUGGGCGAAGCCCGCGGGACGGUGUUGUCUGUGAAGCUGGACAAGGUCAUGGACAAUCUGUCGGGGCAAACAGUCAUCGAUCCGAAGGGGUACUUGACCGAUUUGAACUCGAUGCAGAUGCAGAGCGACGCAGACGUCGCAGACAUCAAGAAGGCUCGGACGCUGCUCAAGUCGGUGACUUCGACGAAUCCGCACCAUGCGCCAGGGUGGAUUGCCGCGGCGCGGCUGGAGGAGCUCGCGGGAAAGCUGCAGGCGGCGCGCGAGUUGAUUGCGACCGGGUGCCAGCAGUGUCCCAAGUCGGAGGACGUCUGGCUGGAGGCGGCGCGUCUGGAGAAGCCGAAGAACGCCAAGGCGGUGCUCGCGAAAGCCGUCUCGGUGUUGCCGCACUCCGUCCGGCUCUGGUUCGACGCGUACGCACGCGAGAAGGACAUGGACCAGCGGAAGCGCGUGCUGCGCAAAGCCCUCGAGUUCAUCCCGAACUCGGUCCGGCUGUGGAAGGAGGCCGUCAGCUUGGAGGAGGAGAAGAACGCGCGGAUCAUGCUGACGCGGGCCGUCGAGUGCGUGCCGCAGUCCGUGGAGAUCUGGCUGGCUCUCGCGCGGCUGAGCAGCUACGAAGAGGCGCAGAAGGUGCUGAACGAGGCGCGGAAGAAGUGCCCGACGAGCCCCGAAAUCUGGGUGGCAGCCUGCAAGCUGGAGGAGACGCAGGGAAACCUGAAGAUGGUCGAGACGAUCGUUUCCCGCGCGCGCGACAACCUGAUUGCGCGCGGCGUGGCGCAGACGCGGGACGUCUGGCUGCGUCUCGCCGAGGAAGCCGAGGUCUCCGGCUUCCUGGCCAGCUGCCAAGCGAUCGUGAAGGCAACGAUGAAGGUCGGCGUGGAGGGUAUGAACGCGAAGCGGAUCUGGAAGGAAGACGCGGAGGAGGCUCUCGCGCGCGGCUCGGUCGCGACGGCGCGUGCGCUGUACACCUGCGCGAUUGAGCGCCUCAAGACGAAGAAGAGUUUGUGGCUGGCCCUCGCAGACCUCGAGACGAAGCACGGCACUGCGGAGCACCUCGAGAAGCUGCUGCAGAAGGCCGUGCUGUGUUGCCCCCAAGCCGAAGUUCUCUGGCUGAUGCUUGCCAAGCAGCACUGGCUCCAGGGCGACGUCCAGGCGGCCCGGAAGGUCCUUGCCGAGGCGUUCGUCCACAACGAGAACAACGAGGCGAUCUCGCUGGCCGCCGUGAAGCUCGAGCGCGAGAACAACGAGUUCCUGCGGGCGCGGAAGAUUCUGAAGCGGACGCGCGCGCACGUGAACACGCAGAAAGUCUGGAUGCAGUCCGUGCAGCUGGAGCGGCAAGUGGGCGACUACGACGCCGCGAUCGCCCUGUGCGAGGAGGCCUUGCAGAAACAUCCCGAGUGCGCCAAGUUGUGGAUGAUUGGCGGCCAGCUGCAUCGCGAGCACCCGACGAAGAAGAACGACGAGACAGCCGCGGAGGUGUUCCAACGCGGAACCGUCGUCUGUCCGCGGAGUGUGCCCGUCUGGCUGUGCGCCGUCGACUGCCAGCGAGAGCAAGGCAAGUGGAGCGUCGCGCGCGCGAUCCUCGAGAAGGCGAAGCUGCGGAACCCGAAGAACCCCGAACUGUGGCACGCCGCCAUCCAAAUUGAAGUCGAAGCUGGGAACAAGCAGAUGGCGCAGCACGUCGCCAGCAAGGCCGUCCAGGAGUGUCCGUCCUCCGGCCUCGUGUGGGCCGAGGCGAUCUUCCUGGAAGAGAAAUCUGCACAGACGCAUAAAGCAGUCGACGCGCUGACCAAGUGUGAAAACGACGUCCACCUGGUCCUCGCUGUCGCUCGGCUCUUCUGGCGGGAAGGGAAAAUCUCCAAGGCGAGAAAGUGGCUGAACAGAAGCGUGACCCUCGACGCGUCCUUCGGCGACGCCUGGGCAGCGUUUCUCGCCUUCGAACUGGAAAACGGAGGCGGAGAAAAAGAGUGCAGAAACAUCAUAAACAAAGCCUCGCUUGCGCAGCCGAACCGAGGUUUGAACUGGAACAAGGUGGUGAAGCACGUGAGCUCUUGGACGCUCUCCUUUCCCGAGAAACUGCGGAAAGUCAUCGAGCGCAUGUUUCCAGAGGCGAUGAAGAACGACAAGAUUCCGCCAAUCAUCAAGGACGCGCUCUACGGAAAACUCGACAUCACCGAUACAAAGAGCACGUCUUCCUCGCCACCUCAGCAGGAAGGGCGCGAAGAAAAGAUAAAGGAGGAAGAGCGGGAGAAUGAGGGAAGGAAGCCCGAGAAAGCGUCGCAUGCAUCGUCGGACGUGCAGAGCGCCGCGGAUGUGGACGCAGGAGGAGCGGACUUGGGCGACCGGGAGGCAAGCACACAGAGCGGAGAGAAGAGAGAGAGAGAAGACGAAACAGAUCGAGGAGAGAGAGAGGCGAAGCGGGCCAAGUAG